CAGAUGAAACAAAUGGGAAUAAGUGUCAAGAAAAAAAGAAUGAAAUUGUCUUAAAUAACAUUUAUAUUAAUUCGUACUCCGUAUACUUAAUUUUUUCUUAAAAGUAUUUCACUGUGAUAAUAAUUACUCGUAAAUUUAAAAAUGAAAAUGAAAAUUAUGUAGUCUUAAUUUCAAUUAUGGUAAGACACAAGGCCCAACCAAGAUCCAGUGAUAAUCGAUGCGGUAAUUUUAGUUCGUUAUCAAGAACAACGGAUGAUAGUUCUGAUGAAGAGUUGCAACAGGUGAGAAUAAAACCUCGAAGAAAUCGAGUUGAAAGGGAAAUUAGAGCUUUGAGAAGAAGUGCAAAGUUGAUAAUUCCAAGGGCUCCAUUUAUUCGUAUUGUGCGGGAUAUCGUUGAAGACAUUUUUCCUCGACUUGAUAUUCGAAGAUUUCAAGUGCGAGCAAUUGAAGCUCUUCAAGAAGCUGUUGAGAUGUAUAUUGUUCAAUAUUACGAAGAAGCCUUCCUUUUAACGUACCAUGCUAAUCGUUCAACGUUAAUGCAAAGAGAUAUGGUUAUGUUAAGACGUCUUCGAGGACACAACGACGUUAUUAAUAGAUAAUUUCCGUUUGUCACAUUAACUAUUUAUAAUUUAUAAAAACCAGAAAUAAUAAUUAAUUUAGGAACUAAAUUUCUCCAAAAAAAAAAUCUAAACUUCAGUAUU